AUGACAGGAAAUGACUCGCAGUCAGAUGAGGAGGCUCCAAAGCACCUGCCAUUGAAUGAAGAGGAGGUGGCUGUUCUAGAGGGCUACCUCGAGCAAUGGAAGUCCACUUCAGGUGUAGAGAGAAAUGUGGUCUGGGAGGAUGCCACAAAAGAGGCUCGGGUGAAGGCGCCCACCAUGAAAGCCGAGUUGUUGAGAAAAUGGCUGCAGAACCAUGGGGAGAAGAAGCAAGUCAAACCUCCCAUCAAUCUAGGCCGGAAGUGGACAUACCGAUCUGUUGUCGAGUCUCUGAGGAAGAGGGAACUCCUGAAGAAGAUCAAGGCCGAGACAGGCGCAAAGCCCGGAGAGCCAGAAAUGAUGAACCAUUAUGCUAAGUAUCUGAUGGACAUGGUGAAUUCUCUGACCGAGAAGGAGACCGAGGAGGCUACUGAGAUGGCUGCAGAGUGGAACAAGCAGGGCGUACCUCCGGAGCUUCAGGCAGACAUGGCGAGACGAAAGGGCGAGGACAUUCUCCGGUACGUGGCCAAGGAAAUGUUCAAGAAGGCUGGAAUGCAGCUGUUCAUGAUGUCAGCCUGGAAGAACAAACAGGGAAAACUCAUGGUGUCAAGCCACGACUACAAUGAGGAGUUUGGCAAUGGGGAAAGCUUCAUCAAGACUUGUGAUUGGGAAAUUAUACUGCCGGAAUGGGACAGCUAUGUUGCGAAACAGUUCAAUGGUGAUGUCGAAGAUGAGACAUUAGUAAAGAAGGGUCGCAAGGAUAACACCUACACCUUGGAGAUAGGGGCCAGUGGAUUUCCUAUCCUCCCAGAUCAUACUGACAUGGAUUCCGACACCCGGAAAGCCGUUGUCCGGGCCUUCUUGAAUUGGCAUUAUCGUGGGUGA